GACCCUGCAACACAUUCGCCAUGGCCGCACGAGGGGCUCUCAACAAGAACAACUCAGCUGUCAAGCGCAUCAUGCAAGAAGCCAGGGAGUUGGCGAACGAUCCAUGUACGGACUACUCGGCGGCACCUCUCGAGGAUGAUAUCUUCGAGUGGCAUUGCACUAUGCGCGGCCCCUCAGGCACCGAGUUCGAAGGCGGGCUUUACCAUUUCCGCAUCCUUCUCCCCUCAGAGUACCCCUUUCGUCCGCCCUCUAUCAUGAUGUUGACGCCAAACGGCCGGUUUGAGUUGAACACCAAGAUCUGCAUCAGCUUCACGAACUAUCACGAGGAGCUUUGGCAGCCUGCCUGGGGCGUUCGGACAGCCAUCAUCGGGCUGCAAGGAUUCUUUCCACUGAAGGGCACAGCAGCUGCAGGCGUCGGAGCCAUCGAAUACCCCAACGCGGAGCGAAAGCGACUGGCAGCCCUCUCACGAAACUGGAUUUGCCCGCGCUGCAACCAUUCCAACCUCGAGUGUUUGCCCGACCCACUACCUGCAGGUUCCGCUUCAGUGUCAGACGCAGACCUGUCCAUUUCAGAUACCCCGUCUCCCAGACAACUUGUCGUCCCCAUGCCGACACCUGCGGCCACUCCUUUCAUGGAAGCCACAUCCGCAUCCGAGUCGUCUUCGUCGACCAACACACCACUUUCAACAGCAUCUCCCCUCGAUACUCCUUCCACUCCUUCCACUCCUUCAAUUCGUUUGCAUGCACCCAUACCCACCCGCCCAAGCCCGCCUGCGUCGAUACUCUCGCAACGCAUACCCACUCCGCGCCUCCAGAUCAUCAAGUCCGAUUUGUUGGGGCGACCGAGCGCGUCACCGGCGCGCACUCCUGACCUGCCCAUCCUGGAAGCAGCGAUCACGCAGAGCCAGCGCCGGCCGCCUGUAAUGCUGGACACCGCGAUUUGUGUCCUUCUGGUGCUGGUGCUGUCCCUGAUAGCGAGGCGGAUCCUCUAGGUGUAGUUCACCAUCGCUCUUCUUUCAUAUCUUGUCGCUUGCACCGGAUUCCUUUCUUUCGUCGUCUCACUCUGCGCAUCAUGUAACCCCUGUAUAUUAGUGUCAUCUCGGCUCGCAUUUAUUCAUCA